CGAGGUGGGAGGUGCUCAGGUCAUGGUGAGUGUGAAGGUGGAGGAGGGGACCUCAGACAGGAUGUAGCCCACUGGGGUGCUGCAGGCACCUGGUGACUCUUGACCAGAGCAGCCACAGGCCUGAACUGUGGACAUGUCUCUGGAUGAGGCAGCACACACAGACAGCCCACAACCUUGUGGCCCCAGAGAAGAGCCCUUGCCUAACAUGGAGUCAGGUGCAGGGGCCCUGGGCAGAGCUCAGCAGCAGCCUCCUGAAGAAGGGUCUGCAAACCUGGAGCUGCCGAGGACUUCCCCAGGGAGGCCAGGGGAGCGAGGCGCCUUUAGUCCUGAGCGGGGCCAGCUGCAGAAGGGGCAGGGCAGGCCGGCAAGGCAGGGGGAGAGCAUGGAGCUCCGGGAAGCCUUUGAGGACGUGGCUAUGUACUUCACGCGGGAGGAGUGGGAGCUGCUGGAGGAUGCACAGAAGGGGCUGUACCGGGACCAGAUGCUGAGGAACUGCCGAGCCCUCGUUUCCCUGGGAUAUCGAGGUCCCAAGCCUGACUUAAUCAGCCGCAUCAAGCAAGGACAGGAGCUCUGGGUUGGCAAUGAUGAGGGCUGUGGUGACAUCUCAAGGUCAGAAGACCUGUCACCAGGAGGCACCUGGCCACUGAGCACAAUGGAAGAGCAAAGUCCUGAAGAAGGGGCUGCAAACCUGGAGCCAGCCCAGACUUCCCCAGGGCAUUUGGGCAAGAUGGAGUCCCUGAGACCCGAAGAGGAACAAAGGCCCAAGAGUCAGGGGAGGCCCCAAAAGCAGAGGGAGAAUGUAGCCCUGAAGCAGGCGCCAUCUCCCCUUGGGCAUGAGAGUAGACAAGGGACAGCACUCGGAGACAGCCCUGGGCACAGAGAAGGAUUUGUGGCAUUGAAGAGCCACGAGAGAAAGUUCCAGUGUACAGAGACCCUGCAUCUGAGCCGAACCAGCGGGGAGAACCUCGAAAGGAAGCAGAAGCUCCCCGCCAAGCCCAGAGGCAGAGCCCACCCCUGCCCCGAGUGCCAGAAAACUUUCAGCUGCCCCUCACUCCUGGCUCUGCACAAGAGAAGCCACGCUGGGGAGAAGCCCCACCUGCGCGCCAAGUGCAGGAAGGGCUUCACCUGCCUCUCGACCCUGGCUGCUCACUGCAAAAUCCAUUCUGGAGAGCUGCACUCCCGCUACACCAGAUCUGGGAAGAGAUUUGCAUGCCCCUUGGACCUAGACAUGAACCAAUAUCUGCACAGGGGGAAGUGUCACUAUUGCUGUGUCACGUGUGGUAAAAUGUUCACCCAUUUUGUCUCCCUGGCUCAGCACCAGUGUCUCCAUGCAGGGAAGAAGCCACUUAGGUGCCCUGAGGAUGGGAAAAGAUUCAGAAAAUCCUCCAGCAUGACCAAAUACCAGCACAACUGCACACGGGAGAAGCCACAUCAGUGCUCUGAGUGCAGAAAAAGCUUCACCCACUCCUCUAGCCUUGGUAGGCACCAGCACAUCCACACAGGGGAGAAGCCACAUCAGUGCUCGUGUGGGAAGAGAUUCAUUCACUCCUACAGCCUGGUCUAUCACCAGCGCAUCCACAAAGGGGAGAAGCCAUAUCAGUGCUCUGAUUGUGGAAAGAGCUUCACUGAGUCCUCUCACCUGGUCCAGCACCAGCGCAUCCACACAGGAGAGAAGCCAUAUCAAUGCUCUGAGUGUGGGAAGAGCUUCAGCCAGUCCUCCAACCUGGCCAAUCACCAGCGUAUCCACACAGGGGAGAAACCACAUCAGUGCUCUGAAUGUGGGAAGAGAUUCACUGAAUCCUCCAGCCUGAUCAAACACCAGCGCAUCCACACUGGGGAGAAGCCACAUUGGUGCCCUGAGUGUGGGAAGAAAUUUGCCCAUUCCUCUAGUCUGGCACGGCACCAGCGCAUCCAUAGAGGGGAGAAACCACAUCAGUGCCCUGAGUGUGGGAAGAGAUUCACCCAGUCGUCCUACCUGGCCCAGCACCAGCUCAUCCACAAAGGGGAGAAGCCACAUAAGUGCUGUGAGUGUAGGAGGAGCUUUCUCCAUUCCUCUCAGCUUGCCAAGCACCAGCGCAUCCACACAGGGGAGAAGCCACAUCAGUGCUCUGUGUGUGGGAAGAGCUUCAUGCAAUCCUCCACCUUAGCCAGUCACCAGCGUGUCCACACAGGGAAGAAGCCAUAUCACUGCUCUGAGUGUGGGAAGAGCUUCAGCCAGUCCUCCAACCUGGGCAGGCACAAGCGUAUCCAUACAGGGGAGAAACCACAUCAAUGCUCUGAGUGUGGGAAAAAAUUCAGUGACUACUCCAACCUUGCCAAGCAUCAACGCAUCCACACAGGAGAGAAGCCGCAUCAGUGCUCUGUGUGUGGGAAGAGCUUCACCCACUCCUACACCCUGGCCAGGCACCGGCACAUCCAUACAGGGGAGAAGCUACAUUAGUGCUCUGAGUGUGGGAAGAGCUUCCAUGAAUCCUCCUGCCUGACCAGACACAAGCGCAUCCACAGAGGGGAAAAGCCACAUCAGUGCUCUAGGUGUGGCAAAAACUUCACCCAUUCCUACACCCUGGCAAAACACCAGCGCAUCCACACCUGGGACCACCCAUAAUUCUGCCAGCAAUCCAGGGAGGGCUUGGGGAUGCCUACCUGUUCACCACCCACUGGUGGUUGCAUUCAGACAAGCAGCCUCUUGCUGCUGGAGUGCAGAAAGAGUUCACACAGCCUUUGGCCCUGGAAGGGCACUGUAACAGGCAUCGCUUCCGAGCCAAGUUGCGGCCCGCUCACCUGUUCCUGCGGCAACCGCCCGCCUUCUUGCCUGCCACGUCUUGAUGUUAAUUAAUUAAUUAGCGGGAGGCUGCCCAUUUAUAAUGCCCCGAUGCCGGGGAGGGCGCUCUGCGGCUCCAACCUCCCCUAAUACCGCAGCCCAAGCCUUGCAGAUGUAAGUGCUGUCAUCUCUCUUCUGCCCCCUUUCGGAGACUCACUAUGCUGCCCCCUUUUUGGGGCUCCCUAUGCCCACACGUGGGCUCAAUCGCCCCUCUCUGGGGCCGGGGUCUAUGCCUCUAUAAACUGCGCCCUCACUGGCAUCUGGCUGUGCCCCGCUUGGGCUUACAAAAUGGCCCCCAUCCUGGGAGCUCGCCCCGCCCACGCUGGGGCUUCAGAAAUGCCCCUCCCUAGGGCUGGGUCUAUACACCCCGUAUGCUGCGCCCUCCUGGGCGCCGGGGUCCCCGCACACUGCUGCAGGUCCCUAUAAGUCCUAUGCCCCCACUUGGGCUCAAUCGCCCUUCUCUGGGGCUGGGGUCUAUGUACCCCGCACGCAAUCUAGGGUCUCGGUCCCCCGUCUGCAACCCACCGGUUGCGCCCGCGACCCACUGGCCGCGCUCCUCGCCACCAGUCGCUCACGCACUGGUGUGCGAGCGGCGCCUUCCCUGGCGCUAUUCAAAUAAUGCGCCCUCUUGGUGCUGGGGCACCCCACACUCUCUGGGGUCCCUGUGAUUGAGGCCUCCUACAGCCUCACCCAAGCCUCUGGGGGUAAUAACAGAGCCAAACAAACACAAGCCUCCUGGCUGUAACACAAACAUAAAGCCCCCUGGCUAAACCUUUAGUGCCCAAUCCUCUCAGGGCUAUCAUGAGCUGUACUUGCCCCUCAGACUUCUCCCCAUAGCUUGGCUGAACGAGCUCCUGCCUCUCCGGCUGCUGGCAGAGAACUGCCAGCCUGGCCUCAGCCUUGGGCUUUUAUAAGGGCCAGGCCCUGCCCCCUUCUGGCCAGCUGACUCCCAUUAGUUGCCCCAGCAACCUGCAGCUGUCCCCCUUAUGUUCAGCCAGGGCUCUCUCCCAGGCAGUUUUCACUUCUUAGGAGCCAGGCACUGACGUGCCCUGCGACAGGCACCAAAGAACCUACAGGCUGUCCCCAAAGGUUUGAUUGCGGGGAGGGACUAAGAGGAAACACCAAUAGCAGAGGCCAACCCAGACUCUGGGGGAUCCUGGGAGAAUACGAUUUUUGUAUCAGCCUUUGAGCCUGUGCCUUCCGCAUCAUUCUUUAAAAGCAGCUGGUGCUUCCGGAGGAGAACCAGCGACUUCCCAAUAGAGUGCCCUCCCCAGGACAGCUGGCUCCAAAUGCCCACACAGCUUGUCCUUGGCUGCUUUCUGUGCCUAUCGGGGUCUGCAAGGAGCUGCUGCUGCCAACUGCUACCAAUCUGGCAGGUUUUGCUUCUCAGCCUCUCUCCAGAACUCUGCACCCCUGGGUGCCUGCUGCUCUCCUGCCCUCCUACCCUUUACAACACUGUAAUGCUUUCUUUGCUCAGAAAGCCCCAGCACUGAACACAGUAUCCCUGUGCCCUCUCUGGAGCAUUGAGAUGGGAACCAAGCAGAGCAGAGCUCCCUGUGAUUUCCCAGCCUCUUCCCUUUCCAAGGAUUCACUGUGGUCCAAAGGUUGUUCAAAAUCCUUGGGCUCAGAAGUCGGUCACACUCGAGGCCUCACUCCCCUGUACCACUGCGCAGCAAGGACCCUGCCAUUUGGAAGGAGCCUGUGGCCAGGGGCCAGUAGAGUGCCUUUUCUGGGGGAAGGAGGGGCAGCCUGUGGCAGGUCCUGCCUCUCCUGGGGAAGGGCAAGGAGAGUAUGAGGACAUCCUCUGGGUGAAAUGCAGGAUGUUGUCAUGUCUCGGGAAUGUUCCCUGAUUGUUAGUAUCCCACUGCACUGUGUUUCGUGUAGAGGAACUUGCUUUGGCUUCUUUUGUUCUUGUCCAGAUAAAAUACAUCCCUCAGAGACAUCCUGGGUGUAACAUACUGGGAUCCUGGCAUCGCCACCGUCCUAAGCAGCCUUUGAUGGGAAUAGAGAGGCAGGUCUCUCUGGGGCACUGGGCCAGCUGAAAAGGCAGACUGGGAGAUUUUGCUUCAAGGGGGCAACACUCAGCCCCUGCUUAUCUGACCAGGAGCCACCCAGAGCUCAAGCUGCCUCUGUCUCCUCACUAGAGAAAGCACCAGGACCCAGGGCAGGGUAGACAUAUGUGGGAGUGAUUACACGUUAGACUCAUGUGUCCUGUGUCUCCUUUUGGUCCAGGAAAGCUUGCUGCCUCUUGUCCAGCACCCAACACCCUCCAGGUUCUUCAUGGAGCUCAGCAUCACUCUCCAGCUGGGCUCACAGGGCUGGAUCCCCCACAAGGAGCAACAGCUCUAAACAUUACCUGAAAAAGGUACCUGAAUAUGCAUACAUCGGUCCUCAACUUGAGGUUGCAUAGCCACUAGUUGGGGUGACCUGGGCGUAGCUGUGCCUGUGUUCUCCAAGGGGUUGUUCCAGGCUUCUGAGCUUUUCUGGUUGCCACGUGGAGCUAGGCAGGAAUCCUACCCCCCACCCGCUUCUGCUACAUGUGUCAGGGGGGUUACUGUUUAUAAGCCUUCCUCUGAGGUACUGGGUAUAUGGGCACUGGGCUGUGCUGAGUCUUCUGGAUGGGCUGGGAAAGGCCUCUACAUAAUAGUAGUAGUUAUUAUGACUUGCUAUCACUGCUACUGUUAUUAUUAAUAUUAUAUCCUAUUGCUAUAUUUGCUGCUCUAAUUAUAAUAGCUAUUCUAGUAAUUAUGCAAAAAAUAGUAGUAAUGUCAUUAUUACUAUUGCUAGUUCUAUUAUUGUAAUAGCAAUAGUAGUGCAAAUAGGAAUAGUACUAUUCCUACUACUCUAGAUAUUAUUAUUAUUACUACUACUACUGUUUCUAUUAUUAUUAUAGCAAUAGCAGUAGUAAUAACAAAUAUUAUUCUAUGACUAUUGGUAUUAUUAUUAAUAUAACCAUAUUACUAGUAGUAAUAAUGUUCCUAUUACUAGCGCUAUUAUUAUUAGUGCUACCACUAUGGCUAUUCAUUAGGGCUGUCAAAACAAUUUUAAAAAUGUUAUUGUGAUUAGUUGUGCUAUUAAAAAAAUAGUUGAUUGUGA